UCGCUCCAUGAAUACCUUGUACGGCACGUCGACCACCACUGCUAUGUGCUACGCUUGUGAACCUGCGCUGCCAGCACUGGAGAUGCCCUGCACCCCUGUAAGGCCUCAACCCACUGGACCCCAAUACUUCACUUUCGAUCCUCUCCCAGAGGUCGAGAAGAGCCCGGUCCACGGGAGCGUCUCAAAGACGAAGCGGAUUAAGAAGAGAUCCCGAAGGGUUCUAUAUCCUCCAGUGGUAAAACGCUACUACCCUGCUGAGGAGCGCAGCUAUGCCAAACGCUUUCUCUUUAUUCUGCUCACAAUCGUCUUCUUCCAAAUCUACAGUGCUGAAGAGGAUGUCCUUCUCAUGGUACCUUCCCUGAGCACUGAGGAAAAUGUCUCCAGUUGCUUUGUGGAGAUGAGGGAAUCCCAAGGGGAACUUCUUCCUCUGGAACAACCCACCACAACAGCAGUCUCCUGGGAGAUCAUGGAGGUGGCCAACGCUACUGGCUGGGACUGGGGAGAUGAGGAGACAUCCGACUCCACCAUUGACAUCACCCAGUUUCUGGAGCAGAGCCUAGCUGCUUUCUGAAGAGCUGUGGAAAAGUUCUGUGAAAA